AUGUCUUCCAACUCUAACAACAUCCAACUCACCGCUCUAGAAGCAAGUAUCUUAGACCAACUUGACGCUCACCUUCGUCUUCUCGUCAUUGCACCCCCUCCACCAUCCCCAAGGAACCCGGCCGCCCAACAACCCAGAGCUUUUGAACAACCCAGAGCCUUUCAACAAUCCAGAGCUUUUCAACAACCCAGAGCUUUUGAACAACCCAGAGCUUUUCAACAACCCAGAGCUUUUGAACAACCCAGAGCUUUUCAACAACCCAGAGCUACUCAACAACCCAGAGCUACUCAACAACCCAGACCUACUCAACAACCCAGAGCUUCUCAACAACCCAGAGCUUCUCAACAACCCAGACCUACUCAACAACCCAGACCUACUCAACGAUCCAUAGAUAUAAUCAACGAGGAAUGGUUUAGAGAAGCUGGUCUUCAACCUAACGAAGCACUAGCAUUGUUAGAAGGUGCCCAGCAAGCCACAGCUCUCGGACUAGACGACGAGCAAUGGUUCAUAGAAGCUAUUCGUCGAUAUGACGAAAUCCUAGAGAAUGAAGCUGCCCAGCAAGCCGCAGAGCGCGAUCCUACCGAAGAGCAAUGGUUUAUAGAAUGUCCUCUUCAACAUCACGAAAAACUAGCAUUAUUAGAUGCUUCCCAGCAAGCCACAGCUCUCGGACUAGACGACGAGCAAUGGUUCAUAGAAGUUAUUCGUCGAUAUGACGAAGCACUGAAGAAUCCAGCUGCCCAGCAAGCCGCAGAUACCAGCAGAUCCUUGUGA